AUGCAAGGAGGGUCGCAAUUUCUGCGCACGUGCGAGACUGAUGAUGUGUUGUUUAUGAUGUUAAUAUUGGUGCUGUUCAUUGGUCUGCAAAGUAUUCUUUUCAACAAUGCACAAAUUGCAGAAGAUUUACUUCAGAAACAAGCUCUGGGUUGCCAUUUGCGUUUGUAUACUUAUCGUGUAGAACAGACUGAUAGUAGUGGCAGAAUAUGUUGGGAUAAUGUUUCUGCAAUGAGUUGCUGGGGAAGAUGCGAUUCUAGAGAGAUUCCUGAUUGGCGAUUUCCCUACAAAUGCACGCGCCAUCCAGUAUGCAUCCACGACCGGAGCAAAGCUGUCGCAAUACUUCGCAACUGCGAACCAGGGGCUGAUACCUCCGCUCGGAGAUACGAAUACUACAGCGCCGAGAGCUGCAGCUGUCACGCCUGCAAGAGCACCCAUGAAAUUAGCUGUGAGGGUCCGGCAGCCACCCAUUCGAGACCCGUGGCCACCGAAGAGGAAGUUCAGGACCAGACCAAGACCAGGACUUCUGGUGUUUUGACAUUGCUCAGCGGCGACGGAAAUGAUUACAAAGAUGACGAAUAUACCCAAUAA